GAUUCUUCGACACCGUUUCAUUACGCAUCUUUUCGCAGCCUCAUUCGUUCCUCCUCUCGGCCGCUUCCUUCUUCCUCCGCUGCGAAUCGAAACCAAAAACCGCGAAUCGAAACCAAAUUUUCUCACAGCUUCGUUCGUACCUUCUCCACCGCUUCAUUGUUGCUCCACUGCGAAUCGAAACAAAAAAUUGCUUAUCCAAAUCAAUUUCAGUUCACUCAAAUCCCUAGAACCCUAAAACCCAAAUUUCUCCAGAUCGUUCCCGAGUUGGACGGCAAACCCAAAAAUCCAGAUCCAUAACUCAAUCGCUCUGUUUGUAGCCCCUUCAACUCGCCUUCGCAGCCAUGUCUACUCCUACAUCAACAAAAGGCAGGCUGCCUUUUUCCUCUUUGUAAAAUCUGUUGGUCUCUGUGUCUGUCUGUGGUCUAUCUUUCUCCAGAUUGCGGACAUUAAAGCUUAAAGCUUCUUAAAGCUUCUUAAAGGCUAAGGGCGGUAAGUGAUCAAUUCCGAAUGCGAUUGAGAGAUGAAUGCCCACAAGUUCCAAAUCUUUGACUCUGUUCCUGCCUAGUGCGUGAAUAGAAGAAGCAAGGUCAGGGUUUCUCAUGGCAGCAAAGCGCGUGUACGAAGUCUGGAAAGGAAGUAAUAAGUUCAUCCUUGGUGGAAGGUUGAUAUUUGGGCCAGAUGCUAGGUCACUGCUUGUCACAUUACUAUUAAUCAUUGCUCCGGUUAUUAUCUUCUGUGUAUUUGUCGCAUGGCAUCUCCGGCAUGAAUUUCCUUCAUAUAAUGCUGGCUAUGCAAUUCUGGUUGUAGCAAUUGUAUUUACUAUCUAUGUGUUGGUGCUUCUUUUUCUUACUUCAGCCCGGGACCCAGGGAUUAUUCCAAGAAAUGCACAUCCACCAGAGGAAGAGUUCCGUUAUGACUCUUCAGUGUCCAUUGAUGUUGGUGGAAGACAAGUGGCAUCUAAUGCUGGUGGUAGACAAACUCCAAGCCUUCAAUUCCCCAGAACAAAAGAAGUGAUGGUCAAUGGCCUUUCUGUGAGAGUGAAAUAUUGUGAUACUUGUAUGCUAUAUCGUCCGCCUCGUUGCUCUCAUUGUUCUAUUUGCAACAAUUGUGUGGAGCGCUUUGAUCACCACUGCCCUUGGGUGGGCCAAUGCAUUGGACAGUGCAAUUAUCGUUACUUCUUUCUCUUCGUUUCUUCUGCAACUCUGCUCUGCAUCUAUGUAUUCGCUUUAUCGGCUGUGUACAUCAAGAUUCUGAUGGAUGAUCACAGGACAGUUUGGAAGGCAAUGCAAGAAUCGCCUGCCUCUGUGAUUCUAAUGGCCUACUGUUUCAUUUCUCUUUGGUUUGUUGGUGGACUAACCGGCUUCCAUUUGUACCUUAUUGGUACCAACCAGACUACGUAUGAAAACUUCCGGUACAGAGCUGACAAUAGGAUCAAUGUUUACAACCGGGGCUGUUUAAAUAACUUUCUCGAAGUGUUUUGCACACGAGUAAAACCCUCAAGAAAUAACUUUCGAGCUUUCGUUGAAGAGGAGGUACAAAGGCCUCCCCCUAUGCCCAUUGCUCGGGAAGCAGAGCCUGAUGAAUCUGGCGGGGAUCCACGUUCUAAGGUUGAGGAUGAUUUAGAUAUUGGUGAAGAUCUGUUGAAGAUCUCACAGCGUCGAAACAUUGAAGAAAUUGAUGAGGACAUACGCAGUAGAGGGAGCAACGGGCCUCAUAAUACCUCAGAGGUGCUCUCUGCUUUAGGUUCAGACCGGGCUCCCACCAUUCGAUCUGAUGCUCGGCACUCGAGUUGGGGAAGAAGUGGGAGUUGGGAAAUUGCGCCGGACGUCCUUGCUAAUGUCAAUGUCACUGAAAGUAGAGGUCAUGUGACGUCGAAGGAUGCAGUUCAAUGAUGGAGUUAGUUUGUAUUAUUGAUUUUGAGAUGGUGUGCAUUUGGAUGAUCAGUGAUUAUUGGAUAGUCGUUUCCAGGUAGGGAAGGGAAUGCCAUGAACCUGAAACUCGCAAUUAUGCAAGGGAGUUGAAUGUAUUCCCUUAAGGUGUAAAAACAUAUGUGACCUUUUUGUGCGAAUGCGUGUUUGUAAUUGUUUGGGAAUGAAGGAAUAGCGUUGUCGUUGCCAAUUUUUCGUGUAUUACGUUUUUGUAUUUUUCCAUUUUUACUCGGUAGUAUUAUGUAACUAUUGCGACUGAAAUUGUGAAUCCACUUUGCUAUAAUGGCUUUAUUCUUUUGUGUA